GUGUUUUUUUAUGCCCCUCCUCACUUCUUCUCUCUUUCACGUUAACUGAUCCUAUAAGCGAGCACAUUAACCGAAAAAAAGAGAAAGAACUUUCUCGCCUUCUAAUCCUCGAGGGAUCAUCCGCGAGGCCGUGCACGCGCACAAUCCGCUUUAUAAAGAGUCUGGACUCAGAUGCGUGACUUCAGUCUCAGUCUCACUUAGACACCGGAACCUACAGCAGAACCGCACACACCAGAGUUUCCUGAUUCACUGACAAAUCUUAAAAUAUAUUACUAAAAAUAACAUUGUUUUUUUUCAUUCCUGAAGACAUGAUGGCUUCAAAGAUGAAGGAACGCAAGAGAACUCCGGUCUCACACAAGGUGAUCGAGAAGAGGAGGAGAGAUCGCAUCAACAGAUGUCUGAACGAGCUCGGCAAAACCGUCCCCAUGGCCCUGGCCAAACAGAAUUGUGGCAAGCUGGAGAAAGCAGAGAUUUUGGAGAUGACUGUACAAUACCUGCGUGCUCUGCACUCAGCAGACUUUCCUCGAGGAAGAGAUAAAGGUGAACUCCUGAGCGAAUUCGCGAACUAUUUCCAUUACGGCUAUCACGAGUGCAUGAAGAACCUGGUGCACUACUUGACCACGGUGGAAAGAACAGAAACCAAAGACAACAAGUACGCACGCAUCCUGGCCUUCCUGCAGUCCAAGGUGGUCUCGGAACCCGUGUUCGGGUCACGCUACGAGUCUGUUUUUACCUCGCCGGAACCUGUAGACUUCCUGUGUCAGCUGCGUUCUCCACCCGAGUGCCACCAGAACCCCAGCGAGCCCGUGUUCCAGCAGAGCCACAGCGGGCAUUUAUCCUGGCACGGCUCUGCGCUCUCCUACCCUCAGCAGCACGGACUGGACCAUCACCAUUACAUGAACUUCAUGAGCCACUCACACAGUUUACACACGGCGCCCCACGUCGCGCUCUAGAUCACGUGGUUGGAUGUUGUAUUUUGUGUUUAAUUUAUAUGUGCAAAUCUACAUAUUCAAA